AUGCCAAACAGUGGGACUGCAUCCGCUGAUUCACUACCUAAUGUGGCUGCUCAUCUACCCUCAAUAUUUAUGUCCCUGCGCACUAAACUUCCGUCUCACGUAUUAGCCAUUCGGCCCUGGUCACUGAGUGCAUCAAUAAUUCCAACCUUAUUAGGCUGCACCAUAGCUCAGAAACUAAAUUCCAACAUAGAAUUUAGUCUCCUGACGUUGCUGUUGACUCUACUAACGGUUGCCUUGGUUCAUGGAGCUGGAAAUGUGGUGAAUACCUACUAUGAUUAUGUCCGUGGCAUUGAUGGCGGUAAUAGUGAUGAUCGAACCUUGGUAGAUAGAAUUUUGUCUGAGAAUGAAGUUGAAAGGUUAGGUGCUAUAUUAUACUUUUUGAGUUUUGUUACAUUCUUUUGGCUCGCCAUCAUAUCUCAGGCAAAAAUGGGUCAUCUAGCUGCUGCCUAUUUAUGGGGUUUGAGCAUCUCAUUUCUGUACACUGGUGGAUUUGGUUUCAAAUACAUUGCUCUUGGAGACUUAAUAUUCUUGAUACUGUUUGGGCCUGCGUCAGUUUUAUUUGCUUAUUUAUCUCAUACUGGUCAACUUAAUUUGGAACCAAUAUAUUAUGCUAUACCUUUAGCAUUAAACACUGAAGCUAUAUUACAUAGUAAUAACACAAGAGAUUUAGAAAGUGAUAGAAAAGCUGGUAUUGUUACAUUAGCAAUAUUAAUAGGUCGGACAGCUUCAAUAAUUUUUUAUGGAUUUCUUCUAUUUACUCCAUAUAUUAUGUUUGUUGUUUUAUCAGUGAGAUAUUCUAAAUGGUUUUUAUUGCCAUUAAUUACAAUGAGCUAUGCAUUUAAAAUAGAAAGAGAGUUUAGAGACGGUAUAAAUAUUCAGUCUGUACCUAAACGAACUGCUAAUUUAAAUUGUAUUUUUGGAAUUUUAUAUAUAUUGGCUGUAAUGGCAGCUGAUAAAUCAAAUUUACCAUUUAAUAUCAAUUGA